AGCGAAGCACAACUCUGCUUCCUCCGUCAUUAUCACCAAAUCCCAACCUCCAAACUUCGACAACCCAAUUCCAUAUAGAAAGGAAACCUGAUCACUUAAACAAGUUAUUGAACAAGGAAAUAGAUAAAUAAUUCGAAGAUUCAGAAUCAGCAAAAACAAUAAAUGUGAAGCUUCUCAACGAGAGAGACUACAAGCUACAUAAGUCCCAGGACUCCCAUUUGCAGAGAGAUCGACUUCAGGUAUGACCUCAACCUCGGCAUCACGAUCAUUGAUCUUCAGUCUUAGACAGUGCCUUAUGAGCUCCUCAUCCGUCGGCCUGAAUCGGAACCUUAUAGGAACUCCUUCCAUGGACAACACUGUAUAGGAAGUCUACCCGUGUACAACACUGUCAUUUUCUUUCUUCUUUCUUCUUCUGUUGUUCUUCCAUGGCCGAUUAUUUGAGCGGCCCGUGUGUUAGGACUACGGAGAUUUCAGAUUGAAGUGGAUUAAUGUGGUAAUGUGUGGCCUUUAAUCUAAACGGAUUAGAUUAAAGAAAUAGGAGGGGCUGCUAUUUUCAAGGAAUAGCAGCCUACCCCAAAUCCACCAUUGGCUAUGGUUGUCUUGAUGCUCCCUGUAAAGUUUAGAAUCAUGUGAAGUGGUCUCUUUUCUUGCCUCAGAAAAGGAAAAGAGAGUAAGGACUUGACACUCAUUUCCUUUUCCAACUCCCCAUAAUUACGAAGGAAAUCAAUUAUUGUGCCUAGACUGGUUUAGUUUGAAGUGUUACUUGCUUGAAAUCCUUGAGGGGACUAAUAUGGUCUCCAGGAGGGAAAUUUGUGUGGUUAAGCUUUUAUUAGUCUUUGGGUUCGUGCCAUUUUCAAGGGAUGUGGUGGGUGAUGGCAAUGGUUUUCAAAAUUGCCCCUUCUCUGCCAUAUACAAUUUUGGAGACUCAAAUUCAGACACCGGAGGAAUAUCAGCAGCAAUGUGGCCGGUUACUGCUCCUAAUGGCGAAACCUUCUUUGGGAAACCUUCAGGAAGGGCUUGCGAUGGCCGUCUAAUCAUAGACUUUAUUGCUGAGAAGCUGCAGUUACCAUACUUGAGCCCAUACCUUGACUCAAUCGGGACGAAUUUCAGGCAUGGGGCAAAUUUUGCAACAGCAGGUUCUUGCAUUCAACCGGGUGGGUAUAGCCCAUUCCAUCUUGGCAUUCAAAUCUCCCAAUUCAUGCAAUUCAAAGCUCGCACCACCACGCUCUACAGUCAGCUCAGCCCUAACAGAAAAGUUCCACCAUACAAAGAGAGCUUGCCAAGACCUGAGGACUUCUCGACGGCUCUAUACACAUUUGAUAUUGGCCAGAAUGAUCUUCAUUACGGGUUUCAGCACUCAACAGAAGAACAAGUUCGGGCAUCCAUCCCAAAUAUCCUCGCGCAGUUUUCCCACGCAGUGAAACAACUAUACAAGGAAGGGGCAAGAGUUUUUUGGGUGCAUAAUACAGGUCCAAUUGGAUGCUUGCCAAAUACUGCUUUAUAUUACACAUCAAAGCCUGGUUAUUUGGAUCGAAUUGGGUGCAUGGAGCCUCGGAAUGAGAUUGCUCAGGAGUUCAACAGACAGCUCAAAAACAAGGUAUCCAGAUUGAGGACAGAACUGCUGCAGGCAGCAUUUACAUAUGUUGACAUGUAUUCAGUCAAAUAUGCACUAAUUAGUGAUGCCAAGAAUCAAGGUUUUGCUAAUCCAAUGAAUUUCUGUUGCGGUAGUUUCGACGGAUAUCACAUUAACUGUGGGAAAAAGGCCACUGUGAAUGGAACUGUUUACGGUAAUCCAUGCAAUCAUCCUUCAAGGCAUAUCAGCUGGGAUGGCAUACACUACACUGAGGCAGCCAAUCUAAGGGUAGCAAAUCAUAUUCUGGACGGAUCAUUCUCUGAUACGCUUUUUUCAAUUCAUGAGGCUUGUCGCCAUCCAUAGUCAUAGUCAUCCUGAUCAAAGCAUCUACUGGUUCUGUUCAACUGAUUUAAGUUGUUGUAGCAUAGCAAAAAUCUUGGUCAUGUCGGUGUUUUUGGCCUUUAGAAUGUCAUAUAAACAAGUUCUCUUGAAAUGUAUGUGAAGUGACAAAACUAUAUGUUUCAAGAGAAAAGGCUUUGUAGAUGGAGAUAUGGGUUUUUAAUUCCUAAAUGCAGCAGAUUAUGAUGUUCACUGUUCUAGCAAU